AUGGCGACCACAGAGACGGCACGAGAUUCGCCAUUUGUGGCGAUUGGAUCCAAUGAGACGGCCCUCUGUAUUAUCCCACCAAGGCACUACUGGGAGUCAGUCGACAAAUUGCGGAUGUUGUAUGACAAGGCGUACGAGAAGUGGCCUCCACAUGUCAAUCUCAUAUACCCCUUUGUAAAGACAGAUAGCCUACCGAAAGCCGCACAACUCAUUUCUAUACAUUUACAAAAGAACCAACGUAUGCAAGUUGAGACACAAAACCUGUCGAUAACACUCAAUGCUACGGAUUAUUUCCAUCAUCGGCACGACAACACGGUUUUCAUCCACGAUAAUGAAAUUGCCCACACGUCAAGGCUAAAUGAUUUCCGACAGAGUAUGUUGGAAGCGCUGGGUCACCAGGCAGACAAAUACCAAAUGCAUAUGACCAUCGGCCAGAGUGACGACCUUAACGCCGCACCGCAUAAGUUCUUGCUCGAUAAAGCAGGCUUGAUUCCACCCAUCCAGUGGGAUGUGGACGAAGUUUGUAUACUUGUGCGUGAUCGGACGCAGGUGAAUGGCCAAUCGACAAGCCAAAUGAAAUUAUGGGGAACGAUCAGUUUGAAGGACUUCAAGCUUCAUCAGCUACCAGCUCCUUCACGCUUCUACGAGAUGAGGUCAUUGCUAAGAGGCUCGGAACGUCAUGAUAUUGAGGCACGGCUUGGAAGUGGAUCACAACUUCGGCAUCCAUUGUAUUUCUCAGCAAAGAGCAAUACAUGGGAGCAGGUUCUGACACCCUCCACCAGCAAUGGGACACCCGGUGCUGGCAAAAUCGAUACUCUCAAGGUUACAUCCUACAACGUCCUGGCUGAAUUUGAGUACCCGCCAUCACAAGCACGGUAUUCCAUUAUUGUUAGUAACUUGCUAGACCAAUCAGCGCUAGCUGACGUUGUUGUACUUCAAGAGGUCACGGACGAUUUCUUAUGCUAUCUUCUUCGCAAUGGCGAUAUCAGAACUGAGUAUCAGUUUGUGUCACACGGACCUCCUGACCAGCUAGAGAUUGAUCCUUUGCCGAGCCAUCUAAAUGUCAUCGUAUUAAGCAAGUGGUCUUUCACAUGGGAUUGGGUUUCGUUCAACAGACGCCAUAAGGUUUCCGUUGUGCUCAAGUUCGAUGACAUCGGUAGGCGAGAUGGAGAGAUGUUCACACCGGCUGUGUUGGCCGUGGUACACCUUACCUGUGGUCUGACAGACGGUGCAGUGGCCGCAAAGAAGUCAGAAUUGCAAUCUAUUUUGGAACAUCUUUCCAGUACCUACCCUGAUAAUCCCACGAUACUGGCCGGAGAUCUAAACAUUACCACUAGUGCCUAUACGAUUGGCGCAGCGCUAGAAAAGAAGUCCAUUUCUAAGCAAACUGCAAAAUACCUUGCGAACAUGGAGACGUACCUACUUGAGUCCGGUUUCUCUGAUGCCUGGACAGUAGCACGCCUUGAAAAUGUCGAGACAUCACAAGCCACAGAGCCUCAACGACACUAUGCUGAGCCUUUCGAAGGAGAGGAAGGGGCUACUUUCGACCCUAUCCGCAACCCGCUCGCCGCUGCUAUUGUGGGUAGUGGUCUUAACAACCGGCCUCAGCGGUAUGACAGAAUACUUAUCAAGCCAGGGAAUUUAUUCUCUAUCAACGGCUUCAACAGGUUCGGUCAGCAACUUAAGGAUAUUCAGAACGUCCAAGAUGCCAACUUGAUGAGCGUAGGCAGUUAUGCGAGUGACCACUGGGGUAUCCGUUGCUCUAUGGAGAUAAAGUCGAAGUUCUCGACAGCUUUAUCAAAUGAUUUGUCGAAGCUCGUGGUUCCAGUUGCUUUGACUGCGGUGCCUGAAGAUUUAUCAGACGUUUCCGAUCUGAGAAGUUGUCUUGUUCGCCGUCGAAUAUUUCCCGAGGUAACAGAAUUUCAUAAGCGGGAGGAAGCGUUGGCACUUCUCAGUGCCACAUUAUCAGAUACUGAUACACGCACAGAGGUUUCCAGCCGUAUAGGUGUUCAAUUUGUUCUUGUGCCAGUUGGUUCUUACGGCUUGGGUGUCUGGACUGCAGCUUCUGAUGUGGACUGUCUUUGCAUUGGCUCAAUAAGCCCCAAAACUUUCUUUGCCUUAGCUACCCAGAGACUGCGGAAGGCUUCAUCAAAGGGCAUCAAGGUACUCAGAAAGGUCAAUGCCCUUUCUGGAACAAUGCUUGAGCUGGAAGUGGGAGGGAUCAAGAUGGAUUUGCAAUACUGUCCUUCAGCCAUAGUAGCUCAAACUUGGCCCAGGGCCAUGGAGCUACCCGCGAAUAGCCCUGCGUUUUCGCUUCCAGUGCAGAUGUUGGCCAAAUUGAAGCCUGCACGAGAUCUCUACUACCUACGGCGAACAAUCCCGGACUUCGCUGCCUUCAAGACAGCGUUUUAUUUAAUCAAGACUUGGGCAAAACAACGUGGCAUCUAUGCAGCUCGUUUCGGAUAUCUCGGAGGCAUCCAUAUUGCUAUUUUGCUCUCCCGGGUUUGCAAGCUUCUAUCUCGCGAUCAUGGGACGGUCCCCGUACCGGUGAUUGUCCAAACAUUCUUCAACCACUACGCAAAUUUUGAUUGGGCAAAUCAAAUGGUUUUCGACCCGUUCUUUCACAAACACCUGCGGUUUGUAAGGACUUCUAGAGAGCCGAUGGUUAUUUUGGGGUUCCACUCUCCCAGUCUCAAUGUUGCAACCGCUGCUUCCACGCCUUCAGUUCGAACUAUUUCAGAGGAGUUCAAGCAGGCAAAUCGCAUGUUAUCCUACGACGGGAUGACGUGGGAAUCUUUUCUCGGCGAUGAGCCUUCUCAACUUCACAACAGCUACAACGCUUUUCUAAAAGCAUACAAGAGCUACAUCAAGAUUGAUGUACAAUUUUGGGGUGUUUCGCUGGCAAAAGGAAGUCAAUUUGUCGGCUGGCUGGAAUCAAGAUGUGUCAUGCUACUUGUAGACAUUGGGCGACGGGUUCCGAACCUCCAUGCCAGAACGUGGCCGGCACGUUUUGUGGCUGAGGACUCGGACUCGGACGAUAAGGACUAUCAGGGUUGCUACCUCGUGGGCUUGGAUUUACCAGUAGCUGCUCAAGGGCAGACCCUCACCAAAGAUGACCUCAAAAUCACAUAUGGCUCAUUACUGAAUGCAAUCCAGAAGUUCGAAGAGCAGAUCAGGAGUGACGAGAAAUAUUUCGACACCAAGUCCUCCUGGAUGAGUGCUUCAAUCAUCAACCAAUCCGAGUUAGGCAAUCUCAAGCUAGAUCACCGCGAAUGGGGCGAACACACUAUCGGAGAAGACGAAUCCGAAGAUGAUGAGGAGGAUGAAGAUGCUCCUCUUGACGAUAUUGGCGAUGAGGCUGCUACAGUAAGUACAAAGAAGCAUAGUAAAUUGGAGAGGGAAAUGCCCAUCAGGUUUUCUUACGCGGGCAGGUUUCGGUCGUCGGCCGAUGUCAUCAACCGCAUCAGGUGGGACCCUGAAAUGGAUAGUGGUGACUAUGUUGUCGGCUACAGAGACAGAUUCUUGGGCAUCCAAGAGAGGCCCCUGGACCAAUGGAAAGCUGAACAAACAGAUGAGGAGUUUAUCCCCCAGCAUCGCAUCAUGUACUUCAAGCGUAGCAGCGAUGGUACAGUUGUGUGGAAUCGUAGGUCUCGAACUGACGAAGUUUUUGGUAGUGGUGUCAAAAGCAAUGUAGUAUAA